AUGCGGACCCUCAACUUGUUGGCGCUUGUCACGGUGGCGGCGUGUGCCUUGGCGAGACCGCCAGGCAAUAACGCCCCGGUAGAGCCGACGUCUGCGCGCCCCGAAGCGGACCACGUGAAGGAACCCGAUUUUGCUGAGAGCCUGGUGAUCGAAGAAGAGAUACUGCCGCGCCUUUUGUCGGAACAGAAGGCAACCGGCACUGCUAUUGGAACAUCGCAUUCCCCCACUGCACGUGUCAUAAACGAGGAGAUACGAACGAACGAGAUAAAGGACAUCGGCGAUGUGGACCAGUUGGAGCCGACCGUGAUCCUACCGGGUUGGUUCUUCUCGAGCGACUUCGUAGAUGACCGUUUAAAGGCGAUGGUGCUUCGAGCGUUCCUCGAGGCCUCGUCCGAGGUGACCCAAGACAGCGCUAAACCGCCAUUACCGUUGACAGCUACCACGCAAAUGGAGGAAGACGACGGUUCCGAUUUCGAAUACUACGCCAUGGACGGUGACAAAAUACUGUUCGCCGUCAAGCCAAGCGACGACGGCUACUACGAUUUCACUGCCGAAGGCGAUAAUAUGACAGAGUUGUUGGUACUGGAAGAGACCCCAAUUGAAGGGUUGGAAUUGGACAGAGGCUUCCGACAGGGUACAUACCCAAAACCAGCGGGUCUGGCAACCGACGAGGUCGCACCCCUCAAAGCGGGCUUGAGUCUUAGGAAAUUUAAUUUAGCCAUGUCUUUAAUACCAGCGAAUCUACGAUGGUUCAGAAUAGAGAAACAUAAGCCAAUGAAGCUACCCACUGAAAGUUCCACGGACGGGGUGCAUGGCACGGACGACAGCCAUUUCAACAAGUACGACAAUAAUGACAUGGAGACCCCGGUGUACAGUAUCAUUCUGCUAAUCGCCAUCUGCGUGGCCUUCGCUGUGGCCAUAAUGAUCUUUAUCUUCAGCUGGAACGCCUUGGACAAGAAGGCCAGGGCUGCGGCCCAAGUGGACUAUCCGGCUUACGGUGUCACUGGACCAAACAUGGACUUUACCGGGGAUGGAAGCCUGGCGCAUUCCGCUCACAUCUACAACUACCAGCUCCAGAAGCGGCAGAUUAUUGCUAUGGAGAGGUCUGCCAUGGAAGCUCGCACCCUUUCCGUUUCCGACUACGAGUCUGACGACGACAACGAAGACGGCGAUUACACAGUUUACGAAUGCCCUGGGCGUGCAUCGAUGGGAAACCUGGAGGUGAAGAACCCGAUGUUCAAAGACGAACCGACCCAAGGAAAGUCUGCCCUGGAACGCCCCAAAUCCAACGAGGAGCCAGCUAGUGGUGCUUCUGGCAUGGAGCGCUUCAAGCUGAAGCGCAAACCGAAAACUGGAAACUCUGGCGUCGAGGGCCCCAAGCCUAAGGAG